GUCGCCGCCCGCUUCGUGCUGGGGCUGUCUCCGGGGUGCAGCACCGAGGACGUGAAGCGCGCCUUCAGGCGACUCGCCCUGAUCUUCCACCCGGACAAGAACCCUGGCGAUGAUUGCGAGCAGGCGAAGAGCCGGUUUCAGGCCAUUGUGCGCGCGAAG